AUGACAGUCUCUCCACCUGCCAGAGCUGCAAAAGAACAUUUAACAUCCCAAAAUAGACCAAGUGGUGAGUGUGCUAUUUGUUUGUAUGGUUUUAGUGAACAAGACAUCUUUACCAGGACUGAAUGUUAUCACUAUUUUCAUUCACAUUGUCUGGCAAGAUAUGUCAAAAAUAUUCUUGAAAAUGCUGAAGAAAGUGAAGAAAAAGACGUGGAUAAAUCCUCUGAACUGUUCUGCCCCAUGUGUCGUAUCCCUAUAAAAUUUUCUACGAGUGAUGAAGAAUAUCCUCCACCAACUGCUAUCAAUGAAGAAACGUUUAACCUGACUGAGGAAAUUGUGGACUUGCAAAAAAAGAUGGCUGAUCUUUAUCAGAAGCAGUUGGAGAAAGGUGGAAUAAUUGAUGUAGAAGCAGAAAGAAACAAAUAUUUACUUGAAAUUUCUGAUAUGCCUACUCAGUCCACUUCAGUAGAAAAAUCCGAUUCUAAAGUGGUGGAACAGUCUUCCCUUGAUGAAUCCAGUAAUGCGGAACCAGAUGCACAUCAGUCUCCGAAAGAUAAAGCCGUAGUGAAUGAGAAAAAUACAAAAUCAAGUUCAAAGGAAAACUUUCAGGGAAAUAGUGGGAGGAGGAAAAAGUUUGAUCCAAAAUAUGAACGAAAACCUGACAGAUAUGAACGAAGGCCUGAUGCCUAUCGACAGAAUAAUUAUGGAAAGUAUCACCGGCAUAGAGAUGGACAGUUCAAAAAUGCUUCUAGUCGAACUGCUAGUCAAGAGCAUUAUUCUAAAAAAGACGCAGUGCAAAUAGACUCUGAAGAUCAACAACCAACUGAAGAAAGCACUUCGGAAGUUAAUGAUCCAGUAAAUAAGAACUCGGACUCUCCAGAUUCUGUCAAACCUAAACAUACAAAUAAUUCUGAUUAUAGAUACAAUUACAAUCGAAAUCCACGUUUUAAUCAGCGAGGUAGGUAUCAGCGCUAUAAUAAUUAUUCUAACAAUGGCUCCUACAAUAGGGAUAGACGAUAUGAUGGUUCAAACAAUUAUUAUAAGUUCAACUAUCACAAUAGGAAACCGCACCAAAGCAAUGAUCAUUUUGAAGAGAAAUUUCAAGAUGACGUGGAUAAAGAAGGUACGCAACGAUCUCGUGGUAGAUAUUAUAAAGAAAAAAGUAGUUUUGACCAUAAAGACCAAUUCCAAGAAGACGGGGAUACAGAAGAUACACAACGAUCUCGUGGCAGAUAUUAUAAAGAAAAGAGUAAUUUUGACCACAGAGACCAAUUUCAAGAAGAUGGGGAUAAAGAAGAUACGCAAAGAUCUCGGGGUAGAUAUUAUAAAGAAAAAAGUAAUUAUGACCGUAAAGACAGAUUCCAAGACGACGAUAAAGAAGAUACACAAAGGUCUGGUGGUAGGCAUUUUAAAGAAAGAAGUAAUUAUGACCGUAAAGACAAAUUCCAAAAUGAUGUAGAUAAAGAAGAUACGCAAAGAUCUGGUGGUAGAUAUUUUAAAGAAAGGAAUAAUUACGACCAUAAGUUUCAGCAUAAAAAUGAAAAGGCAAAUGACUCUGACCAAAAUUCUUCAGAAAAAUACUCUAGUAAUGCCAAUCAGAGAAAAGAGCAACAUGUUCGGAAAAAUGACCUCCCUUCUGAAAGGACUCCACAAAAAAAUGACGGUGGCGAUUGUAGUGAAAAUAUUGCUAGUGAUGAUUUGUACAAAACUGAGGUUGAAAAUUCUCAGGAAAAUAAAUUGAAUCCUAUGAGGUCAAAAAAUUAUUCAAAUUAUAACUCAAGUCAUAAUUAUGGCAAUGAUACACAGUAUCAUGAUAAAUAUGACUAUAAUAACAGAAGCAGUCGGUAUCAAAGGAAUCCUAAUAAGUCUUAUAAUUAUGGCCAUUAUUCUCCCCAAAACGGGGGCUAUAAAAAUUAUGGCUCAGAAAAAUGGCAAAAUCGACCAUAUCAGAAAAAGUCAUCCGAAGAUUUCAAGCAAGAAGCAGUAGCCAAAGAAAGUGAAUCUCAGAUUAAGAAACCUGUUGUAGAACGUAAUGUUGAAUCCUCACUGGCCCCAAAUAGAAGUGGUGCAGAGAAAUCAAGCAUAUCUGAAAUGACCCCUGGUGGAUCUCCAUCGAUGCUUCGACCUCCACCUGGUUUUGCUAAUCCGGCUAGUCGAGUGCACUACGGUCUGAAAGCUGCUAAUCCGCCGCCGGGAUUCAGCAAGAGCUGA